AUGUUCCAGGCAUUUGAAUGGCAUGUUCCUGAUGAUCAAGCUCACUGGCGUCGCCUCCUCCAGGAAUUACCUACACUGAAGCGUAUGGGUGUUGACAAUAUAUGGAUUCCUCCGGGAUGUAAAGCUAUGAGUCCUUCUGGCAACGGAUACGACAUUUACGACCUCUACGAUCUAGGCGAGUUUGACCAGAAGGGGACUCGGCCGACGAAAUGGGGAACCAAAGAAGAACUGCAGAGACUUAUUGCCGGUGCACAAGACCUGGGAAUUGGGAUCUAUUGGGAUGCUGUGCUCAACCAUAAAGCCGGGGCUGAUUUCACGGAACGCUUUCCAGCAGUCAAGGUAGAUCCGCAGCAUCGGAAUCAAGAAAUCUCAAUACAAGAGGAUAUUGAGGGCUGGGUAGGGUUUAAUUUUCCAGGGCGCGGUGACCAAUAUAGCGCAGUGAAAUAUCACUGGCCUCAUUUCAAUGGCGUCGACUGGGAUAAUAUUCGGCAAGAAAAGGCUGUCUUUAAAACAAGAGGUUAUGAUAAAGGCUGGGCGACCGACGUCAGUAAUGAGAAUGGGAACUAUGACUACCUCAUGUUUGCAAAUCUUGACUACUCUAACCCAGAGGUGCGAGAUGAUGUUCUCCAUUGGGGGAGAUGGAUCACCGCCCAACUACCUCUCAGUGGCAUGAGAUUAGACGCAGUGAAACACUAUUCAGCUGCAUUUCAGAAGACUUUCAUCGAAGAGCUUCGACGACGGUUGAGUGAAAAGUUCUUUUUCGUCGGAGAAUACUGGUCGAGCAAAAUAAACAUCCUGCUUGAUUAUCUGCAAAGGAUGGACCACCAACUGUCCCUGUUUGACGUUCCUCUAGUCGAUCGGUUUUCUGUCAUUUCACGUACCAAAGGAGCAGACAUGCGGCGGAUAUUUGACGGAACUCUCGUUCAGAAAAGUCCUGACAAUGCAGUUACAUUCGUUUCAAACCAUGACACACAACAAGGGCAGUCACUGGAGACUCCCAUUGUGGCCUUCUUUAUACCACUUGCGUACGCUUUAAUCCUUCUUCGUGACAAGGGCCAGCCGUGCCUUUUCUAUGGAGAUGUCUACGGCAUUUCAAGCGACAACAAACAUCCCGAUAGACCCCAAUAUGCAAACCAACUCUCAACUCUCGCACAGGCCCGCAAGUUGUACGCGAAUGGGGUCCAGAGGGACUACUUUGAUAAAGCAAACUGCAUUGGGUUUGUCCGCUACGGAAACAACCGCCACCCUUUCGGCCUUGCAUGUAUCUUGAGCAAUGCCGGGCCAUCUCGGAAGUGCAUGUUCGCUGGCCGCACGCAUGCUGGGGAACGAUGGACCGAUAUAUUGAAUAACCGGACAGAGACAGUUAAGAUUAACAGGAAAGGCUAUGGGAUGUUUCCUGUCGGAGCUUAUAGCGUUAGUGUCUGGGUAAAUUCUUCUGUGAAGUGCAGGGAGAAUCUCCACCAGAUUCUAUGA